GCUCGUGUCGCGCGUCAAACGUGCUGGCUAUAGGUUAAAUCCUGGCCUUCCUUGUUUUUGUCGUUUUUCCGCCGUUGCCUCCUGAUCCCGCCUUCAAAAGUGCCGGUCGACCAAUCACCGCUAGAGCCCACUCUUACUUCUCUUUCUACCAUUCUACUUCUCUACCUCUUUCACUUGCACUAUCCGUCGUCUACUCUCUCUCUUUCUCAUUCUCUGUGUGUGUGUGUGUUCUCUUACUCUUUUUCUCUUUCCAUUUCUAUCUCUUUUUCUCUCUCUCUCUCUCACUUACUCGCACCCACGCGUUCAAAGUAUGGAAACCGAGUGAGACCGAUGAAUAUACUAGACUACUACUAAUACUACUACUACUACUGGUACUGUGUGCUGCUGCUACUGGCAACACGAUGUCGACGUUCUUCUACCUCGACGACGAGGAACACGACGAACGGCAACGAGUCGACGACUAGGAACACGACGAGACACAAGAUAUUCGCGAGGUUUCCUCUCGUUUUGCUAGUCAACGGGAGAGAACACACUUAGUUCGAGGCGAAGUUCCGUUGUUGCGAUUCGAUGAUCAUCGAGAAAACAUCAUGAACGGUGCAACGACUGUUGGUACUUCAGGAGAUUUGCAACAUCAGCAACAGCAAUCGCAAAACGAAACGGGUUCGGAACAUCCUCGAAGUCCUGCAAGUCCGCUCAGUAUCCGUCACGAUUCAGGUGAGAGUAGUGUGAUAUCUCCUGGAUUACCGGAACGGUAUAGUCCAUUAGGAGCGACAGGAUCUACAUCCAGUCACGAUCCUUACGCCUCGAGACCAGUACAAGAAUGUCCUGUGCCACUUUGCAGAGGAAUGCCGACGGAUUUUCCUUUAGCGAGAUCACCGUAUCUUACUGCACUCGGUAACGGACAUCCGCACCUUUUGAGUCAAGUACAACAACAACAUCAACAACAACAGCAGCAACAACAGCAACAACAGCAGCAACAACAGCAACAACAACAGCAACAACAAUCGCAACACAGUAGCAAAACACCCAGAAGUCUUGGUUUAAUAUGCGUUGUCUGCGGUGAUACCAGUUCUGGCAAACAUUAUGGAAUACUCGCGUGCAAUGGUUGCAGCGGAUUCUUCAAAAGAAGCGUCAGACGUAAACUGAUAUAUAGAUGUCAGGCUGGAACAGGAAGAUGCGUCGUGGACAAGGCGCACAGGAAUCAAUGCCAAGCGUGUCGUUUGAAAAAAUGUAUGCAGAUGGGAAUGAACAAGGACGCCGUUCAGAAUGAAAGACAGCCUAGAAAUACUGCAACUAUUAGACCGGAAGCACUCGUUGAAAUGGAUCAAGAACGAGCACUUCGGGAGGCAGCUGUUGCCGUUGGUGUGUUCGGACCACCGGUGUCUUUGGCAAUGGCGAGAUACACGACACCCUUACCGUUACCCUCGAUCGCACCCACGACGAAUUCAACCACCACUGCUACUCCUCCCAGACAGGAAACCGAAGAUGGUAACGCGUCAGAGGACAGCAUAGACGUGACGAACGAGGAACCAUUGACACCUCAGAGAAGUGGAUGCACGCAACUUCCACCAGUCAUACCAUCCCUUUAUUCACCUGCCAGUGCCGAAACUGUCUACGAAACGAGCGCGAGAUUACUCUUCAUGGCUGUUAAAUGGGCGAAGAAUCUUCCUUCGUUCGCAAGUUUACCCUUCAGAGAUCAGGUGAUCCUAUUGGAAGAAGCCUGGUCAGAACUAUUCUUACUAAAUGCAGUCCAAUGGUGUCUACCUCUGGAAUCCUCGCCUCUCUUCAGUGCACCAGAAUUGACGGCGUUGACACUUUCGCCCCAUCAGCAUCCACAUUCGGGUCUUCAUCUGCAAAACAGCACUGGUAAACCAAGCCAAGUUGCUGCCGAUGUUAGACACCUUCACGAUACUUUGCAAAGGUACAAGGCUGUCAUGGUAGAUCCUGCCGAAUUUGCAUGCAUGAAGGCCAUCGUACUUUUUCGACCAGAAACGCGCGGAUUGAAGGAUUCUAGUCAAAUUGAAAAUCUUCAAGAUCAGGCACAGGUGAUGUUAGGGCAACACGCGAGAGCCCAACAGCCAGGAAGUCCGGCACGUUUUGGGAGGUUGUUGUUGCUUCUACCGUUACUCAGAGCCGUACCUGCAGCAAGAGUAGAAUUAAUAUAUUUUCACAGAACCAUUGGUAAUACGCCGAUGGAGAAAGUGCUUUGCGAUAUGUAUAAGAAUUAAAAGAAACCCUAAACACCGAACGUUUAAAACGUUAGAUAAACUAAAAGUAUCCAACAACUUUCUCGCUUUCUUUUACAAAGAAAACAAAGUUACGGAAACAAAAUGAAGGAAGGAAGGAAGGAAGGAAAUGGCCUAAAAGAAAGGGGGCAAGAAUUCCAUGAGAAUUCGUAAUAAGAAAUAAACUUAUGGCAGCAUCUUGCUUGUGUUGAAAUUACGAAAGAGAAACGGCAUCUAAAAAGAAAAAGAAGGAGAAAGGAAAAAAAAAUAAUGUGUGAAUGGAAUAUAUAAAACAAGAAGAAAUCUAGAAGAAGUGUUAUUGUGAUUAUCACAAUAUGAGUGUGUAUAAAAAUACGUGUAUUUAUUUAUUAUAGAAAAUGUUUAUUGAACCAUAGGUUCGAUUUGUCGAAUGGAUUAUCAUUUACGAGGAGAGAUCAUUCAUUCACGCAUUCUCAUGCACCUCAUACAGGCAGACACCCAUAAAACAUAUACGCACAUAUAUCACGUAUAUUGUUGUCUCCUACGGUAAGGAUAAAGAGAAAGAAAGAAGACACAGUGAUCUGAACUUUUGUCUUCUCGUUAAGAGUUCAUUAAUUUUUAUUCUAAUAUCUCUUGAACAUUUUUUAUAUUUUUUUCUUUUUUAUUUUUUAAACGGUAAUCAUUUGUUUAUAUUCGUCUAACAAGAGACACGAAAAAACGAGGGAAGAUUCACGAGGCUUCCAAUCAGAAGCACGACUUACAUAUUACACAUUCAAAUACUUUAACAUACCUCGCUACGAAUGUCCAAAAAUAGAUAUAUAGUAAUUAAAACUUCGAUGAUGUAAAGAUUGAAAAAAAAAAAAAUAAGGAAAAAAAAAAAUAAGAAUGAAACAGACGUAUGUUCAGCCGUGCUUCAAUUCUUUAUACUUCGUGUUGUGAUACUGUUCAUUGUAAAAGUGUACGUAAACUCGAUCGAUGCAUAACGAUGUAACGAUGAUAACGUCUCAUUACUUGUAAUAAAAAGGAAACGCGAUGAAAACAAAUCCUAUAAUAAUAAAUUUUUCAUUAUUUCAUAAGGCACGUUUUGUUACGACUGAUGAAAUUGGAAAUAUAUGGAAAUGGGGGAUCGUUAUAUUACAUGGUGUUCCAUACCUGGGAAUUUUGCAAAUAUAUUUUUCUCCAAAGCACACACACGCACAAAAGCUUUAUACGAAUAAAUUUUAUUCUACAUUUU